AUGGCGGAAGACUCUGAUGAUGAGAAUGCUGUCGGCGGUGGAGCCGUCGCUGCUGCUGCGAUCAUACCGCCUACCUUUGUUCUUGAGGCAUUCGACAAACACAAAUCGAAGUGGGGGCGAUGGGUAAAACGCUUCGAAGGAGCGCUCCAGAUUUUCGGCAUCGGACCGGCGAUGAAAAGGAACAUGCUACUUCAUUACAUGGGAGCCGAGACAUAUAAUUUGCUCUGCGACCAUCUCUCCCCAGAAGAUCCGGAAGCCAAAACCUACGACGAAAUCGUUACGUUGCUGGAGCAGUACUUCGAUCCAGAGCCGUUAGAGAUGGUGGAGCUGUGGAAGUUUCGCCAGCGGAUGCAACGUGAAGGCGAAACCGUUGCGGAAUACAUAACGGCACUGCAGCGAGAAGCCAAGUACUGCGGUUUUGGAGAUUACUUGCAGAAAGGACUACGGAAUCAGUUGGUGUUCGGUCUGCGGAACCAGAGGAUCCGGAGCCGACUGAUUGAAGAGAAGGGACUAACUUUUGACAAGGCUAAGCAGAUCGCGCUAUCAAUGGAGGCAUCCGGCGAGGGUGCGGAAGUGCUGAAUCGACGGAUGCAGGAAGUCAAUCUGAUGGAUCGUAAGAGGCUUCACGCCGGAAGGGAUUCAGCAGCCACCGCAGCCACGAAGGUAACUAAUCCUACUAACAAGUUUACAUGUUUCCGCUGCGGAAGUGAGGCACACUUGGCUGAUAAGUGUGAACAUAAAAACAAAAUUUGCGGCCUGUGCAAAAAGAAGGGCCAUUUGAAGCGGGUGUGCCUCAGCUCCAAUGCAAACCAUUCUCAAAUGAGUAAGAAUCAGAACCGAACGAAGAAACACUCAACAAACUUUGUUGAAGAUGAUGUAUCUGAAUCAGAGUGCUCAGAUGGAGACCGGGUGUAUGUUGUUGAUGUAUGUAAGUUGGAACACCGGUCUAAUGAUUUGUCAAAGAUUUUUCUCAAGGUUAUUAUGGGGGGAGCACUAGUUCAGUUUGAGGUUGAUAGCGGAUCUCCGGUAUCGUUGAUCAGUAGUACUGACAAGGUCAAGUUUUUGAACGAUUUGCCAUUGCAAUCAACAGAUAUUGAACUGCGUAGUUACUGUGGAAACAAAAUCGGGGUCAUUGGCGUCAUUCAGACGGAAGUUGAGCACGGAAACCAGACGGAACGUUUGCGUUUGUUUGUAGUGGAGGGAAGGCGGCAUCCAUUACUGGGACGUGAGUGGAUGCGAACUCUACGGUUGGACUGGAAUGACAUCCUGGGGGGUUCUGUUAGUUCUGUUGACAAAAUUACUUUGCAUGCUCCUCUCCCAGCGGCGGUUAAGGGGUUGAUUGAAGAGUUUCCUUCCGUAUUCGAUGAAUCGAUGGGUAACAUUGAAGGUAUACAAGCCGCUUUGCACUUCAAACCGGAUUCAAAACCUGUUUUUCUCAAGGCACGGCCACUGCCGUUUUCGAUUCGUGAUUCCGUAGAACAAGAGAUCCAUAGCAUGGUCGAGAAAGGUGUUUUGGUGAAAGUUAAUCGUAGUGAAUGGGCCACACCGGUCGUACCAGUAAUGAAAUCUGGGGGCAGAAUUCGUUUGUGCGGGGAUUACAAACUCACUGUGAACAAGAGUUUGGUAGUCGACGAACAUCCACUUCCUACGAUCAACGAGAUGUUCUCUAACAUGGCAGGUGGACAGAAAUUCACCAAGUUAGAUCUGACUCAAGCAUACUUGCAAAUGUCAGUAAGGCAAGAGGAUCAACCAAUGCUAACGUUGAAUACCCAUCUUGGUCUGUAUCAGCCAACAAGGCUGAUGUAUGGAGUCGCUUCUGCACCAGCCAUCUUUCAGAGAGAGAUCUCUCAAAUUCUACAGGGAAUUCCUGGAGUCACGGUAUUUCUUGACGAUGUGGAAGUUACGGGUCCAGACGAUGAAACACAUUUGAAUCGGCUGCGUGAGGUACUAAAAAGGUUUCAUGAACACAAUAUGCGGGUUAAUGUCAAGAAAUGUGAGUUUUUCGCCGAUAGCAUCGAGUAUUGCGGGUACAUCGUUGAUCAGCAUGGGAUUCACAAGAUGAAGCAGAAGGUCGAUGCCAUCCAAAACAUGCCACGUCCAGAGAAUCGCGAACAGGUCCGUGCGUUUUUAGGGCUCGUAAACUAUUACGGCAGAUUUAUGAAAAAUCUGAGUACGAAGGUAUAUCCAAUAAAUAACCUACUGAAGGACAAGACCCCAUUUGUGUGGACUGAUGCCUGCGAGCGAGCUUUUCUAUGGGUGAAAUCAGAGAUGCAGUCGGAACGUGUGUUGGUGCAUUAUGAUGCAAAGUUGCCGCUGGUUCUAGCUACGGACGCUUCGCCGUAUGGAGUGGGGGCAGUAUUGAGUCACAUUUACCCAGAUGGUAGCGAACGGCCAAUUCAGUACGCUUCGCAAACACUCAAUGCUACUCAGCAAAAGUAUAGUCAGGUAGACAAAGAGGCGUACGCGAUUAUCUUUGGUGUUCGGAAAUUCCAUCAGUAUCUCUUUGGGCGGAAGUUUAUUUUGGUUACGGACAACAAGCCUGUUGUACAGAUAUUUUCGCCAGACAAAGGAUUGCCAACACUCUGCGCAUUGCGUAUGCAGCAUUACGCGGUCUUCCUUGAGUCUUUCGAUUUUCAAAUUCGCUUCCGUGCUUCUAAGGAUCAUGGAAAUGCUGACGGAAUGUCGCGCUUACCGGUUGUUGAUCGAAGUAAUCGGAAUCAGGUAGAGGAAGUCGAUGUUGUUCAGGUUAGUCAGAUUGAAACGCUUCCGGUAGACUCCAAAGAACUCGGUGAGGCUACUACUAGGGAUAGAAGUGUCAAAGAACUGAUUCAAGCGUUGAAGUCGGGUCGUACUGUGGAAGGUCGUUUCAGGUUUGGUGUGGAUCAGAAAGAAUUCAGUUUGCAGGGUUCGUGUUUGAUGCGCGGAAUUCGGGUAUACGUUCCUCCAACCCUUCGCAGUCGUGUUUUGGACGAACUGCAUGCUGGUCAUUUCGGAGUAUCCAGGAUGAAGUCGUUGGCGAGAUCCUACUGUUGGUGGGAGAAUAUCGAUCGGGAUAUAGAGGAGAUAGCUCGGAACUGUGUGGACUGUGCUCGCGUUCGAUCAAACCCCGCUAAAGUACCAGUUCAUUGCUGGGAACGUCCUUCAGAGCCGUUCCAAAGGAUUCAUGCUGAUUUUGCAGGACCGUUUAUGGGGCUGUAUUUCUUGAUCAUAGUCGAUGCUCACAGCAAAUGGCCUGAAGUGAAGGUUAUCCCCGAUAUGACUACGGAAACAACGAUUGAAAAGAUGAGGGAGUUUUUCGCUGUAUUUGGGUUGCCAUCAGUUCUAGUGACGGAUCGAGGAACUCAAUUUACGUCGGACCAGUUCCAAAAGUUUCUCAAGAGAAACGGGAUUGUGCAUAAGAUGGGAGCACCAUACCAUCCCGCGACGAAUGGUCAGGCGGAAAGGUAUGUCCAGACGUUCAAAGACAAAAUCAAAGCGCUGAAAUGUCCACGCUCUGAGGUGCACGUAGAGCUUCAACAGAUACUGAUGGCAUAUCGAAGAACAGUGCAUCCUACAAUAGGAAAAAGUCCAUCGAUGCUGGUGUUUGGACGGCAGAUUAAGUCUCGUCUUGAUCUCUUGAUUCCCAGACAGGAUGAACAAAGGUCAACACACGAGGAUCUUCGAGGGGAGGAAAAGUCGAUGCGUUCGUUCAUGAUCGAUGACAGAGUGGCUGCACGGGAUUUUAUGUCACAAUCAGAAAAGUGGAGGUUCGGUUUUGUUGUUGAGAGAGUCGGGAAGCUCCACUAUAUGAUCGAGUUGGAUGACGGUAGAAUGUGGAAGCGGCAUGUCGAUCAAUUGAAGCCGGGACCAGUGCCAGGACCCGUUACUCAGCGUGCUGAACUGCGUGAACAGGUUCCAGAUGAUAUCCAGCGACGUCGUGAAAUGUUGAUGCCAGGAUCCCAGGACUAUCAGCCUGCAGUUCAGGUAAAAGCGGAACUGGACAUUACUGAACCAGAAUCAGAUGUUACCGAAGGCGAUUCUGCUCAAAAUAUGUUAACACCUCUCAUUUCUCGACAAACUACUCCUAUCAGUACUGCGAUCAACGAUGCGGGAACAGGUUCAAGGGUACAAGAGAAGCGGAGUGUAAAGUCUAGAACCUUGGUAGAUAAUGCUGGUGAGACAGUUAGAAGAUCAACUCGAGAAAGAAAGGCUCCGCAUAGAUUGGACCUGUAA